AUGUUACUAGCCACACUUUGUUACUUUAAAUUUACAUAUGGUGGGUUUUGCUUUGCAAUUUGGUCCUAUUGGUUUUUAUUUUCACCUGUUGCCUGCCUUAACUUAUGUAUUUUGCACACAAGUUGGUUUCAUGUUCAAGCUUUUCCGUUUUCAACCUUUACUUUUAGAGUUUUAGCGAUGUUACCUGAUGUUCUCGCCACCGCACAAUUUGUUUCCUUUUUCUGCUUGCAGCAACAUGGUUCUAGUAGGUUUGCUAGUACAAGUGUUGUGAAGCAGUCUUCUGGUGGUUUAUUUGGUUGGCUUCUUGGUAGCAAGCCAACCCAGUUUCCAGCUCUUGAUGUCCCUCUCCCAGGCGUCACCAUUCCUCCACCACUACCAGACUUUGUAGAGCCAGCCAAGGCAAAAGUUACCACUCUCCCGAAUGGCAUCAAAAUUGCUUCAGAAACAUCAACGAGUCCAGCAGCAACAGUGGGAUUGUAUAUUGAUUGUGGUUCUAUGUAUGAAACACCUGGUUCAUCUGGAGCAUCGCAUCUACUGGAGAGAAUGUCAUUCAAGAGCACCACAAACAGGAGUCAUUUGCGGCUAGUACGCGAGGUAGAGUCCAUUGGAGGGAAUGUUUCUGCAAUAGCUACUCGUGAACAAAUGUGCUAUACCUAUGAUGCAUUCAGGGCCUAUGUACCUGAUAUGGUCGAAGUACUUAUUGAUAGUGUGAGAAACCCAGCAUUUCUUGAUUGGGAGGUUAAAGAGCAGCUGGAGGAGAUGAAAGCUGAAAUAGCUGAAUUUUCUGCUAAUCCUCAAGGUUUACUUUUAGAGGCUCUCCAUUCUGCUGGCUAUACUGGGGCACUGGCAAAGCCCUUGGUGGCACCAGAGCCUGCCAUACAUAAAUUGGACAGUGGUGUUCUUAAGGAAUUCGUUGCUGAAAACUACACAGCACCCAGGAUGGUCCUAGCGGCAUCAGGAGUUGAGCAUGAUGUGCUAGUUUCAAUUGCUGAGCCACUUCUCUCUGAUCUUCCUGCUGUGAAGCGUCCAGAAGAGCCAAAAUCAGUUUAUGUGGGAGGAGACUAUCGUUGUCAAGCAGACUGUCAAAACACACAUUUUGCUCUUGCUUUUGAAGUGCCAGGUGGAUGGUAUGAAGAGAAAACAGCUAUUACUGUAACUGUCCUUCAGAAGCUCAUGGGGGGAGGUGAUUGGUUCUGUACUGGCGGUGUUGGGAAGGGCUUGUAUUCUCGAUUAUCUCUCCGGAUAUUAAGCCACUACCAUCAGAUCGAAUCAUUCUCCGCUUUCAAUCAUAUCCACAACUAUUCUGGUCUUUUUGGAAUUCUUGCAACAACCAGUCCAGAUUUUGCCUCGAAGGCUGUGGAUUUGGCAGCAGGGGAACUUCUUGAAGUUGCCACUCCUGGAAAUGUUACACAAGGACAGCUUGAUCGAGCUAAACGGGCAGCAAAGUGUAAAGUUUUGAUGGACUUGGAAUCAAGAGCUGUAGCAUGUGAAGACAUUGGGAGGCAGGUUAUGACUUAUGGUGAAAGGGAACCCAUCGAGAAAUUCUUGAAAGAUGUCGAAGCAAUUACUCUGAAUGACAUUUCUUCAACUGCCAAGAACAUUAUUUCUACACCCCUUACAAUGGCAUCAUGGGGUGAUGUUACUAAUAUCCCAACCUACGAGUCUGUUAGCAGGAAGUUUCAUUCAAAGUGA